GGGCAGGACCGGACAAGAGCGGACCGGGAGAGGGCAGCGAAGAGCUCGGGCGGCGGGGGAGAGGCUCGGUGCGGGGGGAGGCUCGGCUCGGAGCGGCACCGGCCCCAUCCAGCCGCUCCCUGCCGGGCUGGAACGGAACGAGCGAGCCGGGGAGCAGCGGGCGGAGAAGCGCCGGGGCCACUCCCGGUGCCGGUGCCGCUCCCGAAGCCACUCCCGGUCCUGGAGCCUCUCCCGAAGCCACUCCCGGUCCUGGAGCCUCUCCCGGUGCCACUCCCGGUGCCGGUGCCGAUCGCGGUGCUGAUCCCGGUGCCGCUCCCGGUGCUUCUCCCGGUGCCGCGGAGCUGCAGCAGCUGCAGCAGCAGCAACGCUUCAAAGUGAAAUUCCGGAGGAAAUUUAAAGAGCAUCCGGAUCCGGAGAGAGACAGAAAGAAAGAGGAAGAGGAGAAGGAGGAGGAAGAGGAGGAGGAGGCGGCGGGAGAGGAGCGGAACCGGCGGGCAUGGGGGAAUGAAUCCCUGCGGAGGCAGCGCUGGGAAGGAGCCUCAGAGCAGCUGAGAGAGGCCUGAGGAGGAGCUGCUGGAGGAGGGGACACCCCACUAACUGCACCAGCCUCCUGCCCCUACUAACAAAUGUCAACAACUCGGGAGCAGCCCAUCUUCAGCACCAGGGCCCACGUGUUCCAGAUCGACCCUGCCACCAAGAGGAACUGGAUCCCUGCCAGCAAGCACGCCCUGACCGUCUCCUACUUCUACGAUGCCACCCGCAGCGUCUACAGGAUCAUCAGCGUGGGGGGCACCAAGGCCAUCAUUAACAGCACCAUCACCCCCAACAUGACGUUCACCAAGACCUCGCAGAAGUUCGGGCAGUGGGCUGACAGCAGGGCCAACACCGUCUACGGGCUGGGCUUCGCCUCCGAGCAGCACCUGAGCCAGUUCGCAGAGAAGUUCCAGGAGGUGAAGGAGGCAGCUCGAGUGGCCAGGGAGAAAUGCCAGGAUAAAACUGAGCUCACCAACCCCGCCCUGAGCCUGCCUUCCCACCAGGUGCUGCCCAGCCCCAUCCUCAGCUCCAAUGGGCCUGGGGAGGACAAGCUGUUCCGCAGCCAGAGCGCGGAUGUGGAGAUCAGCACCGAGAAGGAGAGGCUGAAGAAGAUGCUCUCUGAGGGCUCGGUCAGCGAGGUGCAGUGGGAGGCCGAGUUCUUCAGCCUGCAGGACAACAACUCCCGGCUGGCGGCCGCGCUGCACGAGGCCAACGCCAGCGUGGAGCAGUGGAAGAAGGAGCUGGCGGCGUACCGGGAGGAGACGGAGGCACUGAGACAGAGGGUGGCAGAGCUGGAGGUGGCACAGGGCACCCCGGAUUCCUCCAGUGACAACAACAAGGAGGAGCUGAGCCAGAGCCUGGAGGAGCUGGAGCUGCUGCUCAAGGCUAAGGAUGAGGAGAUCCAGCUGCUGAAGAGCCAGAGGUGCGGCCGCUGGGAGGCCGAGGGCGAGCGCGAGGAGACGCUGAAGAAGCUGCAGGAGCUGGAGGCCCGGAACGCGGAGCUGGAGCAGCGGCUGGGGCUGGCAGAGCAGAGCCUGGCAGAGAGCCUGGCACACAGGGACAGGGUGCAGCACGAGGUCACCAGGGUGGCCGAGAUCAUGGAUGUGAAGAUCUUCGAGCUCAGCGAGCUCAGGCAGGGCCUGGCCAAGCUGGUGGAGAGCAACUGA